UCCCUUAUGGUCCCCACAGCACCUGGCUGAUGAGCAGGGAGACGAGUCCGCCAUGGGAGGCAGAGGCUGGGCCCUGGGCAACCCAGCAAGAUGACAUGGCCGAAGGCGACUUAGGGUACGGUCUGGGAAGAAGGCCGGGUGGUAUUUACGAGGCGCAAGUUUCACACAUAUGUACGUCUAGAAAGAGAUCAGAUGCAAAGGACUCUAGCCCGCCUCCAUCGCUCAGAAAGAGGGAAGAAAGAAGAGGAGCCCUCUGCCAGUAUUCCCAGCAGCACAGCUGGCAAGAUACGAACCCUGGAGAAUCCAGAAUCUCCUGUUACAGACGCCAAAGUAGCCCAGAUUCUAAUUCAGAAUUGUCAAAUGCAGAAUUAAGGCAUCGUCUCCAUGAAACUUUAGAGGAGGUAGAAAUAUUAAAAACUGAACUUGAAGCAUUUCAAAGACAAUUGGAAGGUAAAGAGGAAGCACUGAAAAUUCUUCAGAAUAUGGCUGUCUUGGACAAAGCCACCAGUCAUACCCAGGCAGUGCUGCAGAAAACUGUGGAACAGAAGAGAUCCUUGGAAAAGGAAAUAAAUGCAUUGCAGUGGGAAAUAGAAUUUGAUCAGAGUCGAUUUAAAAAUAUAGAGGACUCUUGGACCCAGAAGUAUGACAGGCUAAACUGUGAAAAUGAAGUUCUCAAGGAAACUUUGAAAUUGAAAACAGAAGAAGUUAAAGUGCUAAAGUCUGAAAAUGCAAUUUUGAACCAACACUACUUGGAAGCCCUUGCCAUGCUGGACAUCAGACAGCCAAAGACAGAGGAGGAGAACAUGCGCUGUGAUGUGAGUGGCUUCACAGAGGUGUCCCCUCUGGAGCUUGCAGUGCUCCGAGCCUGUCUCUGUCGUGGCCCCGGAGAGAGCCCCUGUUCCUGUGCAGAAAUGGCGGCAUCCACCCAGAAAACGCUUCUUCAGCUCAGACAAGAGCUGCAACUUUCACAGAAGAGUACAGAAGAAGCUUACAUAAUGGCAGAUGCAUUCAGAAUUGCAUUUGAGCAGCAACUGAUGAGGAAAAACGACCAGGCACUAAAAUGGACACAAAUGGAUAAAAUGUGUGAAAAAGCAACAAAACGGAUCAAUUGGAAGAACCUUAAAGAAGAAGUUUUAGGAUUACCGUCAAGGAACAAGAAAACCUUCAGACAGAAAUUACUGAGUAUGCUCCCUACAGACAACAUUUCUAAGAGAACUGAGGACCAGGAUAGUCCUCAAGAAGUCCUUAAGAUGCUAGUUGAUUUGUUGAAUGAUAAAGAAGAAGCACUGGCUCAUCAAAGAAAAGUUAGUUAUAUGCUUGCUCGGGCAUUAGAAGACAAAAGCUCCGCCUCAAAAGAAAAUGAAAAAAAUCCUAGGAGAGAGAAUUUUCCAUUCAAACCCCCCUGGCACGAAACUCAAGACUUCUGCAUUUUGUCUGAUACUAUACAUUCAAGCAUUCAAAUUUUUAAUUCUACUGCCUGUAUUUGCUCAAUCCAUCACCUCCACACAGAUCAAAACUGUCCAAGAACUCUUAAAAGAUCCUGUUCUUUGCCAUCAAGUAUAAUAUUCUGAAUACAAGCCAGUUGAAAUAAGAACUGAACUGUUUAUAUCAGGAGACUGAGUAACUCUAAAUUUUACUGUAUCUUCAGAAGUUGUG